ACACACCCACAAGGACGUACGUACACGCUCAAGACGGGCAAGACGUUCGUCGAGGAACGACCUCUGCUUGUAGUCUUGCCAACUAAGCGAACCGACCAGGCAAAACCGGUGUCGAGUGCUCCGAUCCUACCCUCCUCGCUCUCCUCUGCCCCGGCUCUUUCCGCUCCUCUCUUUCGUCCGCUCUCUUUCCCACUCUCUCCUUCUCUCUUUCUCUUUCUCCUUGUCCCUCGUACGUGUGUGUUAAACAUCACCGUCCCUCCCUCCAGCACCGCUCCGUCCUUUUGCGUCCCUGCAGUCCUCGACCGAUUCUACAGUCGACCUGACGAUAGAGAAACCGAACGCGUUCGUCGCCAGGACUUCCGCGCUCGGCAAAAGGACAUUCGGUCCUCGGUCCAUCGUUCUCGAGGUACCGAUCCCGCUCGGGAAGAGGUAAAGAACGAUCUCUCGCGACUCGGCUCCGUUUCUCUUUCUCCGCCCGCUGCUGGAUUGGUGUAAGCACGCGAAGGCCGCGUGCAGGCGCGUGCGAUGCGGCACGAGAGAGUCGACGCGAAUCACUCGAGAUGCACGCGCGCGACGUGCAUCCACCAUCCACGCCCGCGAACGUGGCGUGCGUGCCAAUUCCGAGUCGCGAGCAGUGCCGAUGUGUAUAGGAAUCGAUGCUCGAAUCGCCCCGAAUUUAUCACCACGCGAGUGACGUCGCUUCGUUGUUGAUUCACGUGCACGAUCGCCUAUCUACGCGUCGAUCCUCCCGUGGUGUUUUGAGAGAAAUCUCGAGUUGUACAUCCUUGAGUGAAUAUCGCGAUAUCUGCUGUUUCUUUCUCCGAGUAAAAAUUUAGAUUGCCACUUGGAUGAACAAGCUUUUGUGAAUCGUGAGCUUACGGAGCUGAAGAGUGUUGUUUUUUUAUUUUUCUUUUUUUUUCACAUAGUGAUUAGGUCGACAAGACUCUUUAGGUAAAGCCGAGCGAGGUCGUCUCGGCGAUUUAAAUCGCGAUCCGGUUCUGUGGUGGUUUCGUUUCGGGCAAUCGUAGCGCAGGUAGCCGCGGAGAACCUGUUUGUGUGUGUCGACGGCCUUCAGCGAGUUUUUGGAAAUGCGCUUCCGGUCGUCGUAGGGCGCGGUAUAUUUUUGUACAUGAGGCACGGGAAAAAGAAGAAGACGAGGGAAUUUUGCGAGAAAUUGCCGUCGUUGUGAUAAUUAUAUACGGUUUAAAGCUGUCUCGGAGUCUCUACAUUAUCGCCAUAGACGAGAUCUUCUUCCUCGCACGAUGCUGAUAAUCAACAACCGAAGCGACAAUCUUCAAGAUUAAACUUUCACACAAAGAGCAUUAAGAGGCACUACUACUUGAACAUCAAACGUCAAUUACGACAAUUAUAUUUCCUCUUUAACGGAAAAACGUCGGCGUCGAAAAGGAUGACAGCGACGCCUUUCGAACAAUAGAUGCGCAACUCCGUUUUCUCCAGCAGCUUAACAAAAGGAAGACGACAUCUUUUGUCACGUGUUAACAUCGGUCAACGGUCUCUCACUUUGAACGAGCAAUCUCAUCUUUACGCAAGAGACGCGGCGAUCCAUUGAUCGUGCGUUCACCACGUAUACGGUUUGCAUGAUGCAUUUGCCGAGUUGCUUGCGACACGUCAACGAUCCAGCACGACGCGAUUCCGCGUGAUUCACCUGAGAAGGCGGGGGUUGUCCGAAGGGGGAAGGGAUGCGGAAUCUCAGAUCACGGAUCGGCGGAAGUGCGUGGCGAGGGAGCGGCCCGUGAGAGAAUCGUCCUCUUGAACGCACGGAAGGAUAAGGGAAGAGACGUCAUUCUCUCUACGGUAAGCAGGAUGGACAGGAGCGAUAACAAUGUCGUCGGGGUCGGCGGCGGAAGCGGCAGCGGAGGCAGCGGCGGUGGCAGCGGCGGCGGCAGCGGCAGCUGUCACGUGGGAAACUCUGGAUCCCCGCCAAACUCCAUCUCGUCGACCCACGGCACCGUGCACAACUCCACCGGAGGGCUCGACGCUCAGGUAGCGCAUCCCGAGAUACUUGGGCUUGAUAUCAGGGCUGAUACUGGAGACAGAGGAUGGGAGAUUCAUCAUGUUACAGUCACUAGAGUUCCCGGUUACGGCUUUGGUAUAGCUGUGUCAGGAGGUCGCGAUAAUCCUCAUUUUACUAAUGGUGAUCCAGCAAUCGCGAUUUCCGAUGUGCUCAAAGCCGGCCCAGCUGAAGGAAAAUUGCAAGUUAACGAUCGUAUUAUCUCCGCCAAUGGGGUAUCAUUGGAAGGCGCUGAUUAUGGGGCAGCCGUGCGGGUCCUGCGGGAUUCCGGUUCUACCGUUUUGUUGGUUGUUAAACGAAGAUCUUCGUCAAAUUCACCCGGUUGCUUAGGCAGCGUUGCGCCUCAGAGUCAUCGACUCACGCUCACGCGAAACAAUAAAAAGGAUGACUUUGGAAUAGUGCUGGGAUGUCGAUUGUACGUAAAGGAGGUUACGCGAGAAAAUAUCGGAGUGAAAACUGGGGACGUGUUAACCCGAAUAGGCAGCGUCGCCGCCGAUAAUAUGAGUCUGAAGGAAGCUAGAAAGUUGAUGGAUCAGUGCAAAGACAGGCUUUCGAUUGUAAUUACACGGGACAGCUCGUGUUGCCACGUACAGCAGCAAAGUAAAGGAGAUAGCGGUGAAUAUCUGUCGGGUGCGAGUUACAGUAGUCAGAACUUAUAUGUUCCGCCACCUACGAGGCAACCCUUGGAUGACAAGAGUAAUCUCGUGCCGAGGGGUCGUUCGCGAGGACCGUUGAUGGACGUAUCUUUGAGCCAACUGGAUCUACCAGCUACGCCCACUGUGGAUCCACCCAGGCCACCUCCGCCCAGACCAGAAGAUUAUUAUAGUACACGCAGACAACUGUACGACGAAGAUUCGGUUUCACCUCGAACAAAGCAACCCAUGCCGGAUCCUCGAUUUAUUACUUUCCAAAAGGAAGGAUCUGUAGGAGUGCGAUUAAGUGGCGGCAAUGAAACCGGGGUCUUUGUAACUGCAGUUCAAGCGGGAAGUCCUGCGUCGCUUCAAGGUCUUCAACCAGGAGACAAAAUCUUAAAAAUAAAUGAUAUGGAUAUGAAAGGAGUGACGAGAGAAGAGGCUGUGCUGUUUCUUCUUAGCUUGCAAGAGCAAAUCGAUCUAAUUGUACAACAUCGUCGUCAAGAAUAUGAUCAGAUUAUUGCAUCUGGCAGAGGAGACUCCUUUCAUAUAAAGACUCAUUUUCAUUACGAACAACCACAGAAAGGUGAAAUGAGUUUUCGUAGCGGAGAUGUCUUUCAUGUGGUAGAUACCCUUCAUAAUGGUGUCGUAGGAUCUUGGCAGGUUUUUCGAAUUGGACGAAAUAAUCAGGAGGUACAGAAGGGCAUUAUACCCAACAAAGCUCGCGCUGAGGAGCUCGCAACCGCGCAAUUUAACGCGACGAAGAAAGAAAUGAGUGCCAGCGAAAGCAGAGGUAGCUUUUUCAGAAGAAGAAGAAAUAGCCACAGACGUUCAAAGUCUUUGGGAAGGGAUCAUUGGGAUGAUGUAGUGUUCUCCGAUAGCGUCAGCAAGUUUCCAGCUUAUGAACGUGUGAUCCUACGACAUCCCGGAUUUAUUAGACCUGUUGUUCUCUUUGGGCCCGUAGCCGAUCUUGCUAGGGAAAAACUUCUCAAGGAUUUCCCUGAUAAAUUCACUUCUCCACAAAUGGAAAGCCAAAUGGAAGAUGGUACAGGAAAGAAUACUAAAACAUCCGGCAUUAUUCGUCUAAGCGCUAUCAGAGAGGUAAUGGAAAGGAGCAAACAUGCGUUGUUGGAUAUCACUCCGAAUGCCGUAGAUCGCUUAAAUUAUGCCCAGUUUUAUCCGAUUGUUAUCUUCCUGAAGGCCGAGACGAAGCAAGUCAUCAAGGAGAUGAGAGCUGGCAUACCAAAAUCAGCGCACAAGAGCAGUAAGAAGCUUCUAGAACAAUGUCAAAAGCUCGAUAAAAUCUGGGGACACGUAUUUAGCGCGGUGAUUACUCUCAAUACGCCGGAAGCUUGGUACCGGAAGCUCAGAGAGCUCAUCGACCGCCAGCAGCAAGGCCUGCUAUGGAUGAGUCAGACCAAGCCGGAAGAAGCCCUCUCGGAUGAUUUCCUAUUCCCGAUGACUUCUCGCCUCUCCUACGCUUCCUCUCCGGAGAGCGAUUUGGAAUUGAGUCCGGCACCCGUCAUUCCUGGCACUUUGGGCCCACCGUCGCGAUUAAAGAGCAGUUCUGACCCCAGUAUUGCUACUCAAGAUGACACCACUGCGCCACCGCCGUACUCGACAAAUUAUCAGCAAUCGUUUGAACAGCAAAAGAGAAGAUCCCAAGGUGGAAUGGGGGAUAGCAAGUACGGUUUCUCCCUGUCUGGUCAAAUGAGCAAUCAAUCCGGUUCGCCGGAAUACCUGGGUGGUUCUUUCGAACCUAGAUCGCCUCAUCACAGCCCUCCGGAUCUACCGCCGCGAGUUGAUCGAAACGUAAAGCCGAUUAAUCAAGCGCCGCGGGGAACGAUAGGACGAUCUGCUCAGGAGCGUCUAGGAGUCAAUAAAAUUGACUCGGUGUUGGAUAUGGGGAAUUAUAUCAAUGCGACUCCUCACAAAGCAAACGCCACAUCAUCUCUCGAACGGGCGCAGCCGAAAGCGGGAAGUUACGACAGCAUGUCCUCAUAUGAUUCAUACAACAAUACCAAUGGAAAUGCGAAUUACGGGGCGGUGAAUUUGAACGCAUCAACAGGUCGUUUAGGUCCGAAUGUACCCGAUGAUCUCAAAAGCAACAUGUCGGUGAGAACGCACGAUCCGCCGCAUAGAUUCACUCGAUCUCAGAUUCAGCCCGUUACUACGCAUGACGCUCCAACGCGAACCGAUUAUGCUAAAUAUAGCCGAUCUACAGAUUACAAAUCGAUACCAAUGUCGCAAAAUAAACCGGGAGGCACUUACAAACCAAUUCCACCUCCGAAGCCAAAAAAUUACAGACCACCUCAAGCAUCGUUUGGACAAACGGAGAACAAUGGGAAUGAUGGGAAUAAUUCCUAUCAACACUCGAAGAGUUAUUCCAUUGCCACAUCGCAUGUACAUAAUGGGGUAGAAAGUAACGUGCAGCGAAACAGUGGCCAGUAUUACUACAACAUUCCGCCGCCCGGCCGUUAUAAUGAGGGUAAUCUCGUAAAUUCGCAUCACAAUCUAAAUCAUCUCGCGACACCGACGCACAGUCACAGUCUCAGUCACAGCCACGCGCACUCUCACUCCAGCCCGCCGGUUACUACCGCGCAUUCUCACAGCAAUAGCGCUGGUCAGAUCAGUCUCGGACUGACGCAUAAUCGGAACAGCACAAAUCACAAUGGAUAUAUGCAUGGUAAUAAUUCUCACGGUCCCGCAGGCUCAGUUUAUCCGUCUGCCAAUCCUGGACACAACAGAGAGCCUAGCGGUCUAGAUCUGGCUGGUAGUCGAGAACAGAGAGGAAGCGCUUUCGAGCUUUAUCGAAAGCCAGUUCAUCAUUAUAAUAUGAGUUAAUGUGUACCACAAUGCAAGACUUGUUAUAUUAGGAUGAAUUAACAAAUUUCUUUUGCAAUGCAGAGAAAUCGUGCAAUGUCAUAGACAUAGACGAAAACAAAGUUACAUUUAAGAUUAUGAUAUUAUGAAGAAUAUAUUGUGCCUUUCAGAAACCUACUUUUCCAUUUAUGGAAAAUUAGGAAGAAUCUUAGGAUGUCAGUAGCAUCGACAGAUUUCUUAACUUUAUGACAAAAUGUUUACAUAUUUUACAUACACGAAAAACAAAUUUUAGCUGUAUUAUGAGAUUUUAUAGAAUUUUUUAUUAGAGCAAAAAUAAUGAUAUAGAUUAUCGUUAUUGAUAUGUAGUAAGAAAUUUUUCAAUAACUUUCUAACA